AUGGACGGCAGCCUGAAGCAGCCUGGCCUAGGGAGAGGGCCCGAGGGGGAGGAGGACAGCGGGUCCAUGGCUCAGCUCCGGGAGCUGGCCCUGAAGUGGUUCAUGGAGACGCAGGCCCCCUUCAUCCUGCAGAACGGCGCCCUGCCCCCCUGGUUUCACGGUUUCAUCACCCGCAAGCAGACAGAGCAGCUGCUCAGGGAUAAAGCUCUCGGGUCCUUUCUCAUCCGCCUCAGUGACCGGGCCACGGGCUACAUCUUGUCCUACAGGGGUGGCGACCGCUGCCGGCAUUUCGUCAUCAACCAGCUCCGAAACCGGCGCUACCUCGUCUCGGGGGACAACCUGAGCCACAGCACCCUGGCCGAGCUCGUGCGCCAUUACCAGGAGGUGCAGCUCGAGCCCUUCGGGGAGACCCUGGCUGCUGCCUGCCCCCGGCCGGAGGACGAUGAUCUGUAUGAUGCCAUCACGCUGGGCCCCCACCAGAACAACCUAGGCCUGCAAAUCCCACCUUCCCCGGAGCCCGCUGCUAUGGUCCCAGACAAGGCCACCGGCCCCCGGCCCCCUCCAAAGACCCAGGUCUCCUUCUCCUACACAAAGAAGAGCCUGGACCUGAGUCCCCAGGAUGCCUCUGAGGAGGAACAUGUGCAGGACUCCGUCACAGUGCCCCCCCUCCCUGAGAGGAGUGCCUCCCUCCUGGAAGAUUCUGUGGGAGGCCCCAGUGACAUCAUCUAUGCAGACCUGAGAAAGCUGAAUCAGGCACCGCGAGGCCAGGUCACAGAGGGCUCCGGCAGGCUUGGGCCGGGUCUGGCUGGCAGCGAGGCCUGCUCCCCAGGCAGAGCGGCCCCUAGGAGACUCUCGGAUGGGGACCAGUACAGGCCUGAGAGGCCAAGACCUGCCCUCCCUGGGGUGAGCCCAGAUCAGGGCCCUAGCGAGGCUUCCCCUUCCCAGGGGCUCCUCCUCCCUCCCAGUCCUGAGGCCCCAGGGUUCCUAGCAGUGCCCCGGAGGCAGGGGUCUCCCAAGCUGAGUGUAGGGGCCCAGCCCUGCUUCCAGGGCAGCUCUGUAGAGAGGAGCGAGUGCGCCGAGACAGCAGGCCUUCUGUUCGAGGUCAGGGAGGCAGUGGACCACGGAGGCAGGACCUAUGAGCAGAUCCCAGCCUGCUGGACAGGCCCUGCCAGACCCCCACGUCAUGGGACCAGUCCCACAUACAGCCAGCUGUCAGGGCCCGUGGACAGCAGCUACGAGAGGAUCUCGGAGAUCCCAGGACUCCCAGAGCCCAGGGACAUCUACGAACAAAUCCCAGCAACCAAGAACAAGGAGGCCGGACGGACGCAUAAGCCCGACAAGCUCAGGAGGCUCUUCUUCGCCGACAAGAAGCACAAAUUCUGAGUUGGGCCUGCCACCUGCAACCCCCACCUGUGGGCUUCCUGGUCGCCCGGAUGUGAUGCAGCCCCAGAAGGUGCCCGGGACCCCAGACCCAUCCAGCCUGCCCUGGAACCAGGCG